UUCAAGCGCGGGAACUCAGUCUUCGACAGGUGGUGGGAAAAUGUUACCAAAUAAUUUGUCUCACAUCUCCUCUUUGCAGCGAAACCCAUCUUGUCCGAAGUGCAAUGGGUUCUUUGUUACGAAAGAGCACAAUCGGCAACACAGAAAUCCUCUUAUUCUGGACUGUGGCCACACAUUCUGUGAGGGAUGUCUCACUAAGAUGGCCAGAGAGACGAAGACCUCUGUGUCAUGUCCAACAUGCAAGACAGUGACAGAAUUACCACAAGGAGAGGCCAGUGUGAAGAAUCUGUGGCCAGAUGUCUAUGUAACAGGAUGGAUGUUGUGUCAACAGAGGGCACUGCUCAAUCAAGAACUUGAGAAGUUAUCCCCAGCAGGAAUGGUACAGAACCCUGGGUUCAGGACUGCCCCAGAUAAAGGAGAGAAGGAAAAAAUGUGCCGAGAGUGUUUUCGAAGAUUAGCGAUGUGUCGAUGUGACAAGUGUGAUGUCAUAAUGUGUCAUGGAUGCUUUGAAAAGGUCCAUUCCAAGUCCAAUACUUUAAAACAGCACCAAGCUUUGCCAAUGGAAAGUGAGGACAGUUUAAAAGGGGAGUUAACUCAGGAUUGUCCACUGCAUGAAGGGAGAGAACUGGAAUAUUAUUGUGAAGAUGACAAAAUGCCAAUCUGCUCCAAGUGUGUGAUAUUUGGGAACCACAAGGAUCAUGUCAUUACAUCUAUGGAAGAAAAGAACAAAACAGUUUUCUCUGAAAUGGAGCCAGCUUUGCAUCUUGCCAACAAAGUUGUAAGAAAAUUGAUUAAAGUUGACAAGACAGUGACAGAAUUCUUCCCCGAUACAAAAGUGGAGACAGCUGCUGUGAUAUAUGAGAUCAGGGAACACUUCCAAGAGUUACAUGGACUACUCCAAGCCAGAGAGAAACAGCUGAUAGAUGAAGUGUUUGCUGCAUACAGAGAAGGUGUAGAACCUCUGGAAAAUCUGAGACACCAGAUGCAGGAUGAGAGAAUGAAGCUGGAGGUGGCCAUAAGAGCAGCUCAACGAGUGUUGAACAAUAAUAAUGAAGUAACAUUGAAUGCCAAGCAGAUUCUGGAUCGGUUAAAUCAAGCCAAAGAGAUUCCCUGUAUCAUUCUACCUAAGGAAACGGAGACCACCGAAAAAAUCAGUUUUAUUGAAGAUGGUUCAUUUGCGACCUCCAUUCUCAGUCACGGAAAAGUAGUAGGGAAAAGUCAAGUCAGAGCUACAUGGCACACUUUAGCAGAAAUGCCUGCGGAGAUAAUGAAUGAUGAUGACAGCGUAGGAAGUUGUACCCCCGUAGACACGGUCAGUGUGGUGUCCACGCCCUACUCCCAGGAGUCUGAGGAGGUCAUCAUUGAAG